AUGACUGACGAGGUCCACGAUGGAAAAAUCAUUUGGAAUCAAAGAGUCAAGGGAUUUCUCAUGCCAUUUUCAAGUCUAGUCACUUCUCAUGACUUAUUCAGAGCCAAGGGAUUUCUCAUGCAGUUUUCAAGUCUAGUCACUUCUCAUGACUUAUUCAGAACCAAGGGAUUUCUCAUGCCAUUUUCAAGCCUAGUCACUUCUCAUGACUUAUUCAGAACCAAGGGAUUUCUCAUGCCAUUUUCAAGUCUAGUCACUUCUCAUGACUUAUUCAGAGCCAAGGGAUUUCUCAUGCCAUUUUCAAGUCUAGUCACUUCUCAUGACUUAUUCAGAGCCAAGGGAUUUCUCAUGCCAUUUUCAAGUCUAGUCACUUCUCAUGACUUAUUCAGAAUCAAGGGAUUUCUCAUGCAGUUUUCAAGUCUAGUCACUUCUCAUGACUUAUUCAGAACCAAGGGAUUUCUCAUGCAGUUUUCAAGUCUAGUCACUUCUCAUGACUUAUUCAGAAUCAAGGGAUUUCUCAUGCCAUUUUCAAGUCUAGUCACUUCUCAUGACUUAUUCAGAACCAAGGGAUUUCUCAUGCCAUUUUCAAGUCUAGUCACUUCUCAUGACUUAUUCAGAACCAAGGGAUUUCUCAUGCCAUUUUCAAGUCUAGUCACUUCUCAUGACUUAUUCAGAGUCAAGGGAUCUCUCAUUAUUGUUUAUGAGUGUGUAGCCCCUGACACACCAAAGAAAUUGUGUUGUUGUUUUGUGGUGUGCAUUUGCAUCAUACCACAACAACAUCCCCACCGACAACAUCCCAACAACAACAGCCCUACCAACAACAGCCCUACCAACAACAGCCCUACCAACAACAACCCUACCAACAACACCACCACCAACAACAGCUCCACCAACAACAGCCCUACCAACAACAACCCUACCAACAACAUCCCCACCAACAACAGCCCCACCAACAACAGCCCCACCAACAACAACCCUACCAACAACAGCCCUACCAACAACAGCCCCACCAACAUCCCUACCAACAACAACCCUACCAACAACAGCCCUACCAACAACAUCCCAACAACAUCCCCAUCAACAACAUCCCUACUUACAACAGCCCUACCAACAACAGCCCUGCCAACAACAUCCCAUCAACAACAUCCCAACAACAUCCCCACCAACGAAAGCCCUACCAACAACAUCCCCACCAACAACAUCACCACCAACAACAGCCCUACCAACAACAGCCCUACCAACAACAACCCCACCAACAACAUCCCCACCAACAACAUCACCACCAACAACAGCCCUACCAACAACAGCCCUACCAACAACAACCCUACCAACAACAACCCCACCAACAACAUCCCCACCAACAACAUCACCACCAUCAACAGCCCUACCAACAACAGCCCUACCAACAACAAUCCCACAAACAACAACCCCACCAACAACAUCCCCACCAACAACAUCACCACCAACAACAGCCCUACCAACAGCCCUACCAACAACAACCCUACCAACAACAUCACCACCAACAACAGCUCCACCAACAACAGCCCUACCAACAACAACCCCACCAACAACAUCCCCACCAACAACAGCCCCACCAACAACAGCCCUACCAACAACAACCCUACCAACAACAGCCCUACCAACAACAUCCCAACAACAGCCCCACCAACAACAUCCCUACCAACAACAACUCUACCAACAACAGCCCUACCAACAACAUCCCAACAACAGCCCCACCAACAACAUCCCUACCAACAACAACCCUACCAACAACAGCCCUACCAACAACAUCCCAACAACAUCCCCAUCAACAACAGCCCCACCAACAACAGCCCUACCAACAACAUCCCAACAACAUCCCCACCAACAACAGCCCCACCAACAACAGCCCUACCAACAACAACCCUACCAACAACAGCCCUACCAACAACAUCCCAACAACAGCCCCACCAACAACAUCCCUACCAACAACAACUCUACCAACAACAGCCCUACCAACAACAUCCCAACAACAGCCCCACCAACAACAUCCCUACCUACAACAGCCCUACCAACAAAGCCCUACCAACAACAUCCCUACCAACACCAUCUCUACCAACAAUAUCCCCACCAACAACACCCCUACAAACUUCAACCUUAUCAGCACAAGACUUACCAGUACUCCAAUAA